UAUGUCGCCAAGACCAUCUGGCAACACUGGAUUCGGGGCGCAGCUCGGUGUCGACAGUCGGUCAAAAAUAAAAUCUAAUUCCUGAAAUAAAUAUGGCAUUUAAAACUGAUUUGAAACAAUUAUUAAAGCCCUAUUACUGGCUGAAUAUCAUCCUUAGUUUAUCCUAUGUUAUUGCUAAACGGACGUAUUUAACAUGUGAGUUUUUGUUUCCAAAUGCCGACUGUGAAUUAGAUAGCAGGGAAACGGAGAUCCUAUUUUUCUUAAUUAUUGUCGUCAUGCUAAGGACAAGGAAGGCUGGAAGUGUGACAAUGGUAAAUUAUUUAUCGUCAUCCUUCGUUUACACGAAGAUCGCAAACUUAAUUCUGUGGUUCUAUGCAGAUGUAAGGUACGGAAUACCAUAUGGUGCAAUACUCAUAUUAUCUGCUCUUCUUCUCCCUGAGCCCACUUAUUCUGGUCCAGAGCUGGUAACCUACUUUAGAGGAGCCCAAAUAUUUGAAGAUGAAUUGAAGCAUCAUAAGAACACCACCUGGAUUGUCUGUUUGUAUGCAGCAUGGCACCCAGCAUGUGUAAACUUUGCUCCUGUAUUUUCAGAGUUGUCAGCUAGUUAUAGUUUGGAGAACUUCAAAUUUGGAAAAAUAGAUGUUGGCAGAUACCCAGAAGCAGCAGCUAAAUACAGAGUACAAGAUGGGCCGACCAGUCGUCAGCUGCCAACUUUGAUACUCUUCAGUGAAGGUCAGGAGAAGACGAGGAAGCCUCAUGCUGACCACACUGGAAAGUUGCAGAAAUUUCUCUUUUCCAAAGACAAUAUUAAGGCUGCAUUUAACAUUGAUGGGAUUUAUGAAGAAUGUAAAACUAAGUUAGCUGCUAAAUCUAAGAAGACUGAAAAAGUCGAAUAAUUUCUUAACUUAUUCAACCGUUUUUUUUUUUAACUGACUUCUUUCACAUAUUUUUGUCUUUGACUUAUUUAAUUUACCUGAUGUUCAAACCCCAUAUAACGAUUAUUGUCGUUUAUGUUUUAUUCUUGAUAAGGGAGCGUUCAAGUCGUCCACCAAAUAGUAACGCGUUUAUUUAUUUAUAUUUCUUUUGAAUUAAAUAAUAUAAUCCAAGAUUGUGAAACUAAUAUAAUACGAUACUAUGUAAUAAUAAAAAAAAAUUUUUUUAUUAAAAUAACAAAACUAUCUUAAGAAACUGGAGCGCACUUCAUUCGCAGGAAUGACGUUAUAGCUUUCGCUUUGUCACGUGACCAUUUUGGUACACAUUCGUUUGACGUUAAUGGUCAGACGGAGACGGCGAUUUUGUCUAUAGCCCAGGUUAUUGACCCUUGGGGUCUAGUCAAGACGGCUUAACAGUAGUGUAUGUAGGAAGUCGAAAACUAAAUCUGUAUGAAAAUGACAGUGUCGACAGUUGGUACCAACUACUACUACUACAUACACUACUGUUAAGCUGUCUUGACUAGACCCCCUUGAAUGUAAAAAAAAGGUAUAAUUGAGUAUUGACAAUUGACAUAAUAGAGUCAUACGCGCCAAGUCACUGCAUUUUUAGCCUGUGUUAAAUUAGAUUUUGUUUAAC